AUGAGGCUGGCGUGUGCCCCGCGGACUAUGGCGCUACAGCGAGACAUCCAAGGCACCUGGUGCCGAUCAGUCUACCAGGUUAACCCGCUGGGUGAUGACUCUGCCACGCUGGCUGCCGACACCGCGGUGACGAAUCUCAGCACCUGGCUGGUGUAUUCCACCUCCGCGCUGGCGGAGCAGACCACCCCCGGCACCGUAGCCAUCGAGGACGAGAAUGCCACGGUCGGCACCAUCAGCUUUGUGGGCACCGACCUCAACAUGGACGUGGUGAAUGGGACCUUGGUGUGGCUGCCGCCAUCGGAUUUGCACUGCCUGGAGUCCUAUGAAAUCUACAUUGCAGAAGACGGCCUCGGGACCGGGCGCUCUCAGCUCGGCUCGUCAACGGCUGGCACCGAUUUCCUGGAGGUACUCGAGGGCGACGCCUACGGGAACUACACUCACUUUGUGGUCUACACGCGAUCCAGCUUCGUUGAGCAGACGACACCGAACAGCCUUUCCUUCAUCAACGCCACCAGCAAGUACCAGGUCUCCCUGCCGGCCUUUGUGGAUGAGGACCUGGACCUCGGGGAGCUGGGCGGUACGCUCACCUGGGUGGCGCCAGAGGUGGCGCAGACGGUCACAGCCUACAAGAUCUACCUGGCCCAGGACGAGAUUGGCACUGGCAAGUCACUUCUGGGUCAGCAAUCAGAAGGCAUCAAUUCCUUCACGGUGGAGUUGAACACACCGCUGCUGACUCAUACCUACAUCCUCAUCCACUCGCUAUCAGCAACUACGGAGCAGCGCACUCCAGUGGUUCUGGCAGUGGUGGAUUCGGACUCAAGCGUAACAAACCUGGCUUUCGUGGACAAGGACUUGGACCAGGACGAGGUGGGCGGUCGGGCCACCUGGACCACACCUGCCAGCCUGAGCCAAAUGCUGGGCAUGCGGGUCUACUUGAGCGCCAGCACGGGCACAGGCUCCGAGCGCAGCCUCAUCGCGGACCUGGGGACAGCUGCGAUGCAGCAGGUGGUCCUGGAAGACACGGCGAAGGUGAAUGGGACGGCCAAUGCCACCUACACCUACCUGCAGGUGGUGACAUACUCUGCGCUGGCGGAGCAGUCGUGGCCGGCUUACGUAGAGAUCUCAGAUGCGGCGUCUUCCGCGUCGGGGCUGAGCUUCCAGGACCUGGACCUGGACUCCGCGGAGCUCGGGGGCACCUUCGAGUUCCUCGAACCCGCGGACCUCACCCAGGUGUUGAGCUAUUACCUCUACUAUGCUGGCUACGACGACGGGAACGGUACCGUGGAAGUGCCAAGCGAGUCGAACCGAGUGCUGCUGCGAAAGUUGUGGCCGGGCACCACCAGCUUCUACUGGGGAGUGGAUAAGCCGAAGAGCAUCUCGGCCUCCAGCUUCUAUGAGCAGACCACACCCCAAACUAUUCCGAUCGAUGACGAAAGUGCCAGCGUCUCCAACGUUGCCUGCGAUGAUGUUGACUUGGACGCGGGGGAGAUCGGCGGCAUCGUCACGUGGACUCCACCCGAGAAUGCUACGCAUGUGCAGCUUUAUCGCAUGUAUGGCAACUCCGCAGGGACCAAGACGCAGUACAGCAGUGAUAUUCCAGUGGGCACCAACACCGCGGAGCUGUACAACUUCCCCAUGCAUUAUGGGGUCUUGGAAGUGGUGACGGUGUCCUCCUUGGUGGAGCAAAGCGUGCCCAACACCUUGACGCUGAACGAUGCGUCGGCCUCAGUGGCCAACGUGUCCUUCACUGACUUCGACCUGGACUUUGGGGAUCUCGGUGGGGUCGUCACCUGGGACCCCCCGGAGGAAUCUAAGGUCUUGCAGUACGUGCUCUACCUCUCGGAUACGAGCGCGGGAGGGAGCGUCAUCGACGCCAGCAACUUUUCCACCGAAGGUGGCCGUGUGGAGUUGUCCGUGCUGGAGCGAGGCACCUACAAUGCCACCGUGCCGGUGGAUACGUACCGGGCGGGCUGCGAUCUGGACUGCAAGGGCACGCAGUUCCUGAUCUACACCCAGUCGAGCUUCACAGAGCAAACGACUCCUGUCUCUUACGCCUUUCACGACACGGACGGAAUCGUGGCAAACCUCAGCUACAUCGGCCGAGACCUUGAUUUGGGCGAGCUUGGAGGAGUCGCGUCUUGGGAUCCUCCAAAUGACGGCGCGUUGGUGCUCAGCUACAGCGUCUUCUUUGCCGAGGGCGCGGAUGGCUUCGGCCGCUCCUUCCUGGGGGAGGUGGCGGUUGGCACCAACCGCCUGGACGGGAGCGGGAGAGAUGCCUUCUGGGCCAUCCCUUUGCUUCGGGUGGCGACAGACAUCCCGCCUGAGAUCGCCAAGGGUCGGCACGACUACGUUUUGGUGUACAGCAGGUCCGCGCUGGCGGAGAUGACCACCCCUGCAGCCUCGAAGCUCGAGGAUGCAGACGCGCUGGUCUCCAAUGUGACCUUUGUGGAUCAGGACCUGGACGCUGGCGAGCUGGGCGGCCCCGUAACCUGGCGCGUGGCCCUGGACGUGGCAGAGGUGACACGAUAUGGCGUUUUCCUGGCCGAGGAUGAGACAGGCACCAACAGGUCUCUGCUGGGCUACGCCUGGGGCGCAGAGGCGACCACUUUCCAGAUGCCUCCGGAGACCUCCAAAGCCGCGUUCAGCCACAUCAUGGUCUUCGCUGAGUCCAGUCUUGUGGAAUCCACCACGCCCUACACGGUGGAGAUCGUCGACACCGCCGCCAGCGUCACCGCUGUGUCCUUCCGCGACCAAGAUGCCGAUGCCGAGGAGCUCGGAGGACCCAUCUACUGGUCCCUUCCAGCGGCCAUGGACGAGGUGGCGGGCUUCGCCGUGUACCUGGCACAAGACACGGUGGGUACUGGGCGCUGGCAGGUCGGAGAGGCUGCCUGGAAUGAGACCACCAUCAACUUGCCCUCCAACACGGCGGUCGCAGACUUCGCGUAUGUCUUGGUCUACACGAUCUCAGACUUGGUGGAGCAGACCACCCCCGCUGCCUCCACCUUGGUGGAUGCCGGUUUGACGGUGUCCGAGGCGGCCUUCCUGGAUCUCGACCUGGACGCUGCGGACAUUGGGGGGGACGUAGCCUGGAACCUCACCGGAAACCUCUCGGACCUCACCGCCAUCUCGCACUACGCCAUCUAUUUGGGCUGGGUGGAAGAGGUAGUUCAAGCAAUCUAUGCUGAACCCAACAUCACCAAUGCCACUGACGUGGACGACCCUUUAACCACCGCCGCGACUACAAGUACGAACACAUCGACCAACACAUCGACCAACACAACUAUCACGUCAACGUCCACGUCGACGCCCACGUCCACCACUUCAGAUUCAAAUAUCUCAGAGGAUACAGAUGUGAAUUCCAGCAACGAGAGCGACAUCUCGGACUGGAGCACCACGGCUACGACGUUGGCCUCAGCCACGACCUCGACCACCUCGGCCACCUCGGCCACGACCUCCGCAACCGAGGAGGACAACGCCAGCAAUACCUCCACCACGGUCACAGCGCUUGAGCCAUCUGUCACCUAUGUCACCUCCUUUGUCUAUGUGCGAGGCCGACUCAUCGAGGAGAUCCCCGCAGUCUCCGGAGGCGAGCUGCUCACCAGCUACACCAUGGCGGUGGAUACCGAUCUCUCCAACUUCACCCACGUCUUCAUUUAUGCUCGCACCUUCUUCUCGGACCAGUCGGAGCCGGCCGCAGCGCUGAUUGCAGAUGCCAGCGCCAGCAGCUCCAACCUGCGCUUCGUGGAUUUGGAUUUGGACGAGCAGCAGAUCGGAGGGACCUUGAGCUUCGAGCCGCCGGAGCGAGCUGAUCUGGUCGUUGCCGAUUUGGUGAAGCUGACCCUUGGCGCCCCCAGCGUAUCUCAGAUGCAGAUCGGCCAGGAGACAGUCGACGCCGCAGACAGAAGCAUUGCCGCCAAUACUUGGAUCCGCGACUUCACCCACCUUGCGGUCUACACCAGGUCCUCGCUGGCCGAGCAAAGCACGCCCGCGGCCCUGCUCUUGAACGACACGUCCUCGGUGGUGCAGCAACUCCAAUUCCGGGACCUGGACCUCGACGCGUCCGAGCUGGGGGGUGACCUGCAGUGGACCAACGCAGAGGAGGGUUUGGUUCAGUACUACGACCUUUACGUCGCCAAAGUGCUGAGCCCUUCUGAGACUUGUGAUGGCCACCUCUACGGCGAAGACAGCGACGAGGCCUCUUCCAGCGGUCUCGAUCAACAGAGCGGCAGCCUAUCGCGGGGUUUACCGGUGGCUUUGAGUCUGGAGUCACGCCUAACAGUGUAA